AUGGCACAACGUACGAGGUUUAUGUUCAUGUCAGAGAAGAUUGAUGUUCACCCCAGCUACGACCCCGACACAUUCACCAACAAUGUGGCCAUUAUCCAGUACAACAUAUCGUCUGGAAUGACCUGGAAUCUGACGCUAGGUGUCAAUGUGACAGAGUAUGCUGAUGUCUAUUUCAUUCGCCGUGCGUUAAAGAACCUCACCACUAUGGAGUGGUACGAGCCUGAGGUUACUUCUGUCAAGGCAUCUGAUGGCCAGUGCAGUUCCUGGUCCAACGUCUUUUCCAAUAACAAAAGGGACUGGAUGUGCAACAACAGAGCAGUGCGAUCUAUUUACACCGAAGGCUGCACGGUGCCGUAUGGCACAGUAUAUGGUGCCAUUGAUUCAAAACUCACAAUUGCCGGUAUAUAUAGCCAUUCUGUUGUACAUGGUACUGAUAUUUGCGGCAACAGCAAACAGCUACACUACUAUACGAUGCUUGCGAGUUACUUCAACUGGGGCAAGAAGGUUCUUGGUAACGUUAUUCGGCGCGGCACAAAAAACCGAGACAUCAAGGUCACCGUUCCUGCUGACUAUGCAAUGAGACAUCCGGACUCGACCACCAUCUCUGGUUACUCGGCUAUUGGAGGAGACCUCUAUUUCCUACAGGGCGUUAAGAACGAUUCCGAAUCAGAUAGCCUGGACUUCCUGAGUGCGGACUUUGCGAUAGAUUUGGAAUCUGCACUCGACCUGAUUGGAAGAGGUGAAAGCAAGAGUAUUUCCCGGGGCGAAAUCAUUGCCAUUGCCGUCUGUGUGCCUGCUGGUCUGAUCAUCAUCUUCUUGGCGGUGUUCUUCGGGCUCAAAUGGCGCAAGCGCAGGCAGGCAUCACGCAGCUGGGACCCACAGCUAGAGACGGAAAACCUACGCACGGCUGCAUUGGAUAUUCCUGGGGCGACAUCUGUGUACGCCGAGGCCCCGCCCAGGUAUGAGAGUAUGUACGAGCACAACUCUGCGUUAGCAUUUCCUAGUGCUAUUUCCGAAGUCAUGAAGGGUUCUUAA